GGAGGAGAGGAGAGAGGAGGGGGAGUUUAGCCGGUCUCUCUUCCCUCUGCUGCAGCGUCCAUGCUGCUGUCCAACGCUUGUCUCGGUGCAUCCCGGUCCUUCGCCGGUGUAGCCUGCCUCCGCUGCAUCCCUGAAUCCCGGGUUAACAGACCGGCUUGGACCGGGUCAGCUCGGUCGUAGCGGUUCACUCCGCCUGGAUCCACCGGAACAGACCCCACCACUGCACCCGAGGGGAAGAGGAGAAAGCAUCCAUAGCAACAAACCGGUUUAACGACAUUAUUGUGAUGGAGGGGUGUUGAGGACGCUGGAAGUGGGACUAGGACAGACACCUCCAAAACCAACCGGAUUACCAGGACUACAAACCAUCGUGCCAGGUCGAAAGUGGGACUGCUGGGACUAAGCGGGCUUGUACCAGGUCUGCACAACAGUGUACUGGGUUUAGAGCCAGCUUUAGGACCGCUGGGUCACUGAGAAGGCAGGAAGGUCACUGCGAGGGCACGUUAAAACCGCUAAAUAGAGAGUACCUCGGGUUUUCAGUUCCAUUGACAUGGAUGGAGUCCGUCUAACGACAUCAAAGUGCCAAAGUGGCCUUUAGCAAGAACUCUGAUCUCUCUGGAUUGAUGCAUCAAUGAAAUACCAGAAUUUAUGAUUUGUCUAGUGCAGAAAGGACUGUAAAGUUCGAUAAGGAUACCACAGGAUUUACAAAAGCGGUAUCUGAUCUCCAGAAGGAUACUGGGGCUACAUCUGCUACCUUUUUACUCGUAUUACACCUGGGUUACAGAAACUUAAAUUAAGCUAAAGGUACAACUGCAAGGACCAGAUACAGGUUACAUAAAAAUACCUUUUUUGGGGGCCUACUUGUCUUCAUUCUUUUUCAACAGGCCAACUGGACUAGUAGAAGUCUUUAGAAACCCACAUGUUGAACGUCACAGGGAUGAAAGCUGAAUUUUGAGACUCUAAAACCACAUUUUGAGGACUACAACCAGAUUAUGGUGUUUAUAAAAACUACAGUGCUACAGUACUCUUCAUGGGAUUAUAAAAAUAUCCUGGUACUAGAAGAAUUAGCAGCUACUGGGUCUACAAGCGAGUCGCCAAGCUCAAACUGAAGGUAUUAUCGCUGUCACAAGCUAGAAACUAGGUUUAUCUUUGUUGGAAGAUGAAUAUUUUGUAGCAACCGUCUCUGUUGAACGCUACCGGACCAGUAUUCACCAUGUCUUUGAGUAAGACCCUCGAGCUGGAGCACUUUGAGGAACGCGACAAGGUUCGCCGGGGACGCUCCACCCGCACCAAGAGAGAAGACUCCAGCGCUGGUGGCGGGGGGUCCGGCCCCAGUUCCCGGGGCAGCAGCCUGGUCCCUAGCCCCGCCCACAGCACCAACUGCAGCUACUACCGGACCCGAACCCUGCAGGCGCUCACCUCGGAGAAACGGGCCAAAAAGGUCCGCUUCUAUCGCAAUGGAGACCGGUACUUUAAGGGUCUGGUGUACGCCGUUUCCAGUGACCGGUUCCGCUCCCACGAUGCGCUGCUAAUGGAGCUGACACGCUCGUUGGCGGAUAACCUGCAUCUGCCGCAAGGGGUGCGCACAAUCUACACUUUAGAUGGCAGCAAGAAGAUCACCAGUAUGGAUGAGCUGGUGGAAGGCGAGUGCUACGUUUGUGCCUCCAACGAGCCUUACCGAAAGGUCGACUACUCCAAGAUCUCCGUCCCGAGCUGGAAGCCAGGUGCCGGCGCCAGGGCAGGAGCUGCGAACUCGAGUCGACCCGCCACGGCGUCCGCGGGGGUGUCGGCGAGCACCGUCGCCGCCAGCUCCUCUAAAGAUCGUCCCGAAGGCCGCGAGGGCAGGGAAGGCAGGGAGAGCAAAGACUUCAUCAAGCCCAAGCUGGUGACGGUGAUCCGCAGCGGCGUGAAGCCUCGCAAGGCGGUGAGGAUCCUGCUGAACAAGAAGACGGCGCACUCCUUCGACCAGGUGCUGGCCGACAUCACGGAGGCCAUCAAGCUGGACUCCGGCGCCGUGAAGAGGCUGUACACGCUGGAUGGGAAACAGCUGACCUGUCUGCAGGAUUUCUUCGGGGAUGACGACGUGUUCAUGGCGUGCGGGCCGGAGAAGUUUCGCUACGCUCAGGACGACUUUGUGCUCACACACUGCAGCAAAACACCAGCUUUUGUUAACGAAUGCAAAGUCAAGGUAUCUCGCUCUACCGCCCCUCUGAAAAAUACAACUCCCAAGACUCCUAGCGGCUCCAGCUUCUCCUCAUCCAAGACUCCGCCCAAAGGCCAGCCCAGAACAAAGUCUCCAGGCCCAGCCAAUGAGGCCUCAGGAUCGCAGUCAGCUGAGAAGUCGUUCAGGUCCAGCCCCUCCCCCACCAGCCCUGGGACACGACGCAGCCUCAAGGUUUCUCCGCGUCGAGCUUCUUCCACGGAUGUAAACGGAGAAGCCGAGCAGCCGGAUGACACCCCUGUCGAAGUGAACGGUAAUCGGACCGUUUCUUCCUCCAUGAUCAACGAGAAGUACCAAGUCGGUAAAGUGAUCGGAGACGGGAACUUUGCCGUGGUAAAAGACUGCGUGGAGAGGUCGACGGGGCAGGAGUACGCUCUGAAGAUCAUUGAUAAAGCUCGCUGCUGCGGGAAGGAGCACCUGAUAGAAAAUGAAGUGGCGGUGCUGCGGAGGGUUCGACAUCCGAGCAUCAUCCAGUUAAUCGAGGUGGAUGAAACGCCCAGUCAGCUAUUCCUGGUCAUGGAGCUCGUCAAGGGCGGCGACCUGUUCGACGCCAUCACCUCCUCCACAAAGUACAGCGAGCGCGACUCCAGCGCCAUGGUGUUCAACCUGGCCGGGGCCGUCAAGUACCUACACCGGAUGAACAUCGUCCACCGAGACAUCAAACCAGAGAACCUGCUGGUGUGUGAGUAUCCAGACGGCACUAAGUCACUGAAGCUGGGUGACUUUGGUUUGGCGACGGUGGUGGAGGGACCGCUGUACACCGUCUGUGGCACGCCGACGUAUGUCGCCCCGGAGAUCAUCGCUGAGACCGGCUAUGGUCUGAAGGUGGAUAUCUGGGCGGCAGGAGUGAUCACCUACAUACUGCUGUGUGGAUUCCCUCCAUUUAGAAGUGAGAAUAAUGUCCAGGAGGAGUUGUUUGACCAGAUCCUCAGAGGGAAACUGGAGUUUCCGUCUCCAGACUGGGACGCCAUCAGCCUCCCAGCCAAGAUGCUGAUUAGUCAGAUGCUGCAGGUGAACGUGGACACUCGCUUCACUGCCGAGGAGGUGCUGUCUCACCCCUGGGUGACGGACGAGGCUCCCGUAGACUCCCACACUGUGAGCAGCACUGAAGAACAGAUCAGUGGAGAAGCACUGGAACUGGAGCAGGAAUCCCCGAUCCUGGAAACCAAACAAGUUCCCUCACCAAUGGUCUAAAACACGUCCUCUUUCAUCGACUCGAAACCAAACACAACAUUGUGCGUUUGAUCGACUGGAAACCACCAGACGAGUUCCCCUUGAAUCUGGUCUAGAAGUUUGUUUUUUUCCCAAUAAAAACGAAAUGAGUUUCAUCAGCUUCAGUUUAGAACACGUCCCGUUUGAUCUUUUGGAAACCAAAUGAGUUAUAGCUUCUGGAAGCCAAACAAAUCCGCCACCCUCGGUCUAGGAUAGGACCAGUUUUCCCCUAUUGGAAACCAAAUGAAUUCUCUUACAUUUGGACUAGAAUACCUCCCUAUUAAGCAUGAUUUAUACUUCUGCGUAAAAUCUACGCCGUGGUUACAUACGUAGGUAUGUGGAGACGCUAACCUACGCCGGACCCUACACUGUAGCCUGACAUGCACCUCUCUAAAAAAAUGUAACGCGUCGUUGGGGCUUGGUAGCGUUGCAUUUCA